GGCGCUAUGACGGUCCGCCAAUGACCACAGAAGAAGAGGCGGUGGCAGCAGAAGAAGAAGAGGCGCGCUCACGGGGAGGAUUUGAAUCAUCGCACUGAAGAGCUGUAGCUGCCACAAUGGCUCAAUGUCAUAAAUUCAAUGACUUGGUGGAGACGGCGGAGGGGUUGGUGGCCUUCAUCAACAGCAGCCAACCGGAGAAGCUGAGACAGGUCAAAGAUGAACAUCAGGCUCUUUUUGACAACCACAUGAAAACCAAAAAGAUUGUCGCGCAGAUUUUAAAAGAUGUGGGAGAGAUUGAGGAGAGGGCGGGGCAGAUGCUGCUGGACAUGGAGGAGGAGAAGACCAGAAGGGAGAGGGAGCUGCAGAGCCUGGGGGAGCAGCUGAGACAAGCCGCCGCCAAGAGCCAGAUGACCGACUCAGAACUACAAUUUCUGCAGAGAGAGUUUGAGAGCCUGAAAAACACGGAGCACGAGCUGGUGACUCUUCAGAGCGAGGUGGACGAAGACACGACCGAGGUCAUCCCUUCAGCAAUAUACGUGGCUCAGGUGUACUACCUCGUAACCAAGAUCAAGUGGGAAUAUGACACGCAGCCCAACGUCCUAAAAGGAGUGCACUACGGCGCAGACCUGGCGACUCCCAUCGACAUCGACACCUCCACGCGGCCUCGGAGCGACGUGAGCGACCAGCUGUGGGGCUUUGUCAGCACUGAGUGGUAGCCGCGUUAUCACACGGGAUCGUUGCGUUAUUGUUGUUUGUCCGUAGAUGUCUGUGUUUUUGGCCGUUCUGUACGCCGCUGAUACUGUUUUCAAAAUAAAAUAUCUUUUGUGGGGUUUUUUUUCUCAAAUGUUUUUGUUCAAUGUGGACUCAUCAGAGCGGUUAGGAGUCCCGGAGGACGGAGUUGGCCACUAGAUGUCGCUGCAGUCUAUUUACACCUACAUGGUUUUGCAAAGAAACUUUUUUUUUUAGUUUUUAAAAUAGAGCGCUGGUUCCAUAUAAAGUCUGUGUGCUUAGGGACCCUAAGAUGCUAUUUAAAGCGUUAGAGGCUUUUUGGGUGGAUUGGUCAGACUGGUUUUGUCAUUUGUCAUGUGAGCUCGAGUACCCCUCCAUCAACACCACCUGUCAUGCUCCAACUGUUCUUGUCAUUAAUGUCUAAAACUGUUAGUUUAACCCAUCUAAAUACAUGAAGGCGGAUGUCAAAUGUCAUUGUUUAGGUUCAGUUUGCCUUUGCACUCAUCCCACCGGAAGCUAUCCUUACAUUUAACUAGAAAACCCCUUGUCUCUUUGAACUCGUCGGCCUGCGUGUAAGCGGUGUGUUGUGUUCAGGGACAGAAUGAUGGGCGGCACACUGCUUAUUAUAUACUGUGUGUACUGAAGUAAACACACAAAUGUUACCUCA